AUCAUGUAGCAGUAGACUUGUCGUCAAUAAAAAUUGAUGGUUCUAUUUCUUUGCGGAAAGGGAAAACACAAACGGGAAUAAUCUUUCAUCUUUACAGCAGCUGAAAUUUCUUGAGCUUGAAGCUACAAUCCCAUUCAUGAGAUAUCUGGUUCAACAACACGAGGAGUAAAGAAUCAAUGGAUUUAGGUGGCGGCGGCAGAAGAAGAGGCAGCGCCCCGAAAGCAGGCUCUGUUUGGGAGAGCAGAAUGAAAAUCGAUCAAGUCAAAGGCGGCAUCAAAGUUUUCAAUGAGAAUUCUGCACACACCACUCAAACUGCCGAGAUUGAGAUUUGCAGAGAUGCAAUUCCCAAACAGAGCCCUAACGGGAAGAGGAAAACUUGGAAAUCCGAGAGUAAUGAUGCGAGUCCAGUUAAGAUUGCGGGUCUGAGAUCUGAAGUGAGCACGAAUUUGGAUGAGCAGAUCAACGAAUUGAAAAGCCCCGUUUCGAUCAGGAAAUCGAGUUUGAGGAAGGCGAAAUCCGACUCUGUUGAGGUGAAACCUAGAGCGUCUGUUGUAGAGAAAUCUGACAGAGAGAGCAAGCCGAGAUCUGAUGAGGAUUGUGAGGAGAUCAAGUCUGCUAUUACGCCCGAAAUCAAUGGCGGAGAUGAGCCAGAUUUCGAUGAAGAUAAGGAAAUUGAAGUUGAAAAUGUAGAAAAGAUUAAGCACAAGAAAAUUGUGAUUGAGGAGAAGAAAUCGGUUGUGAGAAAUCAAAAAUCAAUUGCCACAAAGCAGCCUCCUCCUGAUGCAAAUCAUGCCCCAUUUGAUCCAUUUCGAGAUUCACAAAAUUGUCCAAGAAGAAGCAGCAAACUACAAAGUUUUGUUAAUAUUUUUAUUGGGUGGUUGAAAUCAGUCCACCUAGUAAUGUGGAGAGACAUAUCAAAAUCUGCAUUUGUUUUUGGGAUUGGAACAUUUGCUAUCAUAUCAUCUUCAUACACAAAGGAGCUAAACAUCAGCUUCAUCUCUGUGCUAUCCUACUUGGGACUUGUGUACUUAGCUGCAAUUUUCCUUUUCAGAUCCCUUAUUAGCAGAGGAUCAGAGAGUGGAAGUGAAGAUUGUGUUAUUGGUGAAGAGGAAGCAGUUUGGGUGAUGAAAAUGCUUCUGCCAUUUAUAAAUGAGUUUCUUCUCAAAUUGAGAGCCCUUUUCUCAGGCGACCCUUCCACCACGAUGAAGUUGGCACUUCUGCUGUUCAUUUUGGCAAGGUGUGGAAGCUCCAUUACUGUGUGGACAACGGCCAAAUUAGGCUUUAUUGGAGUAUUUACAGUGCCUAAAAUCUGCUCAGCGUACUCCUAUCAGAUUACUGCAUACGGUACAUUUUGGAUAAAACGAUUUGGAGAUGCAUGGGCAUCAUGUUCUCACAAGAAAGCAGUGGGAUUUGCCAUCUUUGCUCUUGUGUGGAACUUAUCCUCCCUCGUCGCCCGAAUUUGGGCAGUAUUCAUGUUGUUUGUGGCGUUCAAGCACUAUCAGCAGUCGUUGAUCGAAGAGGGGUGGGCCCAAGACGAAGCCAUCAACUGUCAAGAUUCUUCUUGCCAAGGGUCGAACUCGACCCUAGUAAGUCAUAGACCAACAAUACAAAAUACAGAAAAACUAAAAAAAGUGUAUUGACAUUAUUUGAGUAAUUUUCACUCUCAGAACAAACAAGAGCCUAUCAAUUGCCCGGUUAUCAAUACACAAAAAUAAUGUCGACAAUUAUGUUCAUCAUAUGGAUUGGGAUUAAACUA